ACACAGAACCCGGGCAUGGCUCCCCCGGGACACGGGGUCCCAGACCAAGCUGAGCCCCCUCCUGUUUCUGGAUGUAAUUCAGACACCAGCCAAGGAGUAACCCUUGCGAUACCAGGCAGCGUCCCUGUGACUGCUCAGCCCUGCAUGAGCUUCAGCAGCAAAGCACAGGCCCCCUUAAAGACACUUGAUGCCUUCAGUAAUGUUGGGAGGAGGUGUGYGCCUUCUUCUGGGAGAACCCAGCAGCUCUUAAUCAAAAUACUCCUUGUUAUUUGCAGCAUUGAAGCAACGGCGGGACAAAAAAUGUGCCCCAAGCCAAUGGAAAACUAUGUGGCAUCUAUGGUGCUGAGUGCACUUGGAGACACGCUGGGCUAUUACAAUGGGAAAUGGGAAUUUCUGCAGAGCGGUCCUGACAUCCACAAGGAGCUGGCAGAGAUGGGGGGGCUCGGCAACUUCAGCAUCCAGGGCUGGAAAGUCAGUGAUGAUACAGUGAUGCACCUGGCCACAGCUGAAGCCCUGGUAGCAGCUGGGAAAAAUCCAGAUUUAGCACAUCUCUAUUCCUUGCUGGCAAAGAACUACAAGGAGUGCAUGAAGGACAUGGCUGGCAGAGCUCCAGGGGUCAUAUGUAAGAAGAACGCUGUGAAGCUGCAGCCGGAGAGGCCGGGUGGCUGGAGGAUCCCAUUCAGCACCCAGGAAGGAGGCUGCGGUGCCGCCAUGCGCUCCAUGUGCAUUGGGCUGCGUUUCCCUCACCCUGAGCAGCUGGACACCCUGGUUCAAGUCAGUAUCGAGAGCGGCCGAAUGACCCACCACCAUCCUACCGGCUACCUGGGCUCCCUGGCCUCGGCCCUCUUCACCGCCUUCGCGGUCAACAAGAGACCGCUGGAGGCCUGGGGAAAGGGGCUGCUGGAAGUGCUGCCACGAGCCAAAGCCUACGUCAGGGAUGCCGGCUUCUUUGUGGAGGAGAACAUGAGGCACUGGCACUACUUUGAAGAGCAGUGGAUCAAAUACCUGCAGGAGCGGGGCAUAGCAGAUGGCGUCUCACCGCCCGCCUUCCCCUCAAAGUACGGCGUGGCCGAAAGAGAUUCCUUCUACACCUCGCUGAGCUACUCGGGCUGGGGGGGCAGCAGCGGGCACGACGCGCCCAUGAUCGCCUACGAUGCGCUGCUGGGCGCCGGCGCCUCCUGGGCCGAGCUGGCGCACCGCGCCUUCUUCCACGGCGGCGACAGCGACUCCACGGCCGCCAUCGCGGCCGGCUGCUGGGGGGCCAUGCACGGCCUCCGGGGGGUCCCGGCCACUCUCUUCCAAGAGCUGGAGUUCAGGGAGCGCCUGGAGGCGGCGGGCAGGGACCUGUACGCGCUUUGCUCUGGCUAGUCGCCCCCAGGCUGCCCGUGCCUCUGCAUGCCUGCUCUGUCAACGCACGGGAUGGUCACAGGGYGGAGGCUGGCACUUCCUCUGCGUGUCACCUCCAGCACAGCAGCCGUUUGAUGCGGAGCAGCUUGGGAUUUGAUGGGGAGCAUGGAAAUGACAGCGUGGCACUGCCGGGCCCUCAUGGGGCCCCCAAACAGUUGGAGCGUGCGAACGUGCCACCUCCUCCUGCACAUGGACAGCGGGGGCUCCCCUCUCACCACAGCUGCCCUGCUGUCAAGGAUCCCACUCACCUUCCAGCGCUGCGGCCGCAGAGACAGAGCUCUGGCUCCCUUGCUCGGGGCGCAUCUGCUCUGAGCUUCAGCAGAGGCAAYAGCCGGUCUGUCGGGUGUCACAUUUUCCCAUACAAUUUAUUUAGAAAAAGGURUUUUUUGCUUUCAAUGAGUGCCAUAAAUUUAACCUUGUAGCUUCACCAGUGUGUUCUGCAGAAUUCCACAGCGCUUUUGCUAUUUAAAGUAUGUGUCAUGAUACUUUCCUAUCUCAGUUAAGGGGAAGUUCCAGACUGCCACCAACCCUUAUGCUGCUAAUGAGCAAAUGUAGGGGUUGCGUUUUACAUAAGGUUAGGCAACUCCUGUGAUAAAAUAUAUUCUUAAGUCCAGACUACUAAUGAUUAUUUGGUUGCCAUUUGCCAUGGAUUAUGCAGCUCAUUUUGUGACAAAUCUU